CGUCCCUCCAGUGCGAAGCAGCUGAUUAUUCCCCGCCGAGGAUCGCAGCGGGCUCGGUGGAGAAGUAAACACACCACCCACGGAUGUCGGCAGCAUGAGAGACCGUUGCUCCGCACAGGACCUCGGACGGAGACUGACGGCUGGACGUUGUGCGCUCCGCAGCUACCACAUCUAGCCUGCUGCUCCUGUGUACAUUUCUGCUGUAUGCCAGCCAAAUAAAGGACACGGAGCUGUCAGCUGCAGUAUUCCUCUGUUUUGAUUUUUUUUUGGAUUUUUUUUUUACCUCCGGUCCUUUCUUUUCCGCUGACGAUUGUUGGCGUUUCACCAGGCCGCGGGUUAUAGACGAUUGAGGCUCCGGUAAAGCGGGUCAAAUGUUUCCUCCCCGGCGCUGGACGGAUGCAUAAUAAUAAUAAUAUGGACAACGCGGACAGCUCCCAUUCCCAGAUAUCCUGCCUCUGCUGACUAGCCGGCCACCUCUUCGCUAAUCCAAUUCAGGAGAUCUCUUCGGCUUGGGCGGCGGUGGUUUUCCAUUCCUUCCGGAGGCUACCUUGUCUAGACGGCGUUCUCUGCAGACGCCAGUCCUCCCUCGGUUUCCUCAUGUCUCCAGAAGAGAGGACAUUUAGGUGGGACCACAGCAGAGCAAAGGAAUGGCAGGAGACCAGCUCUGUGAGGAUGACCACAGCGCGGUAUCGUCCCACUUGGGAGCUGGCCCUGGACCCACUGGUUUCAUGUAAGCUGUGCCUUGGAGAGUUUCCCUUGGAGCAGAUGACCACCAUCACACAGUGCCAAUGUGUCUUCUGCACACUGUGCCUGAAGCAGUAUGUGGAACUUCUGAUCAAAGAGGGCCUUGAAACUGCAAUUACCUGUCCUGACUCUGCCUGUCCAAAAAGGGGACACUUGCAGGAAAAUGAGAUUGAGUGUAUGGUGGCCACAGAUAUGAUGCAGAGAUACAAGAAGCUUCAAUUUGAAAGAGAGGUGCUGCUGGACCCAUGCCGGACAUGGUGCCCAUCCUCAACAUGCCAGGCCGUGUGCCAGCUAAAGGAGGUGGAAACGCCAGCGCUGCCUCAGCUGGUCCAAUGUGCCGUCUGUGCCCUGGAGUUCUGCUCAGCUUGCAAGUCCAACUGGCACCCCGGGCAGGCCUGCCAGGAGAGCAACCUGCCCAUCACCUCCUUUCUACCAGGAGAGAACAGCUCUUCCCAUAAGAGCGACGAAGAUGAUGCACCAAUCAAGCGCUGUCCUAAAUGUAAAGUUUACAUUGAGAGGGACGAAGGAUGUGCCCAGAUGAUGUGCAAGAACUGCAAACAUGCCUUCUGCUGGUAUUGUCUGGAGUCUCUGGAUGACGACUUUCUCCUGAUCCACUAUGACAAAGGGCCCUGUCGAAACAAACUGGGCCACUCCAGAGCAUCUGUUAUCUGGCACAGAACGCAGGUUGUAGGGAUCUUCGCUGGGUUUGGCCUGCUCCUGCUGGUUGCCUCCCCCUUCCUCCUUUUGGCCACUCCCAUUGUCCUCUGCUGCAAGUGCAAGUGCAGCAAAGGCGACGACGACCCGCUGCCCACCUAAACACCACCACCGGUCUUGGGACGAAGCGGACAGCUGCCCCAGGGAUAGGCCAUGUUUUUUCCUUUUCACCCCUUUACAUUCUUUUCCUCCCACCAGCUUCGAGUGCUUCAUUUUUCAGGGCUAGUUCUGCGCCUGCCCUGGCCGCUUUGGGAUCCAUCGCUCUGCAUGGGAGAGGCUUGGGGGGGGAGGGGGGUGACACCCAGGGUCAGACUCAUGGAAGGACCACAGUGUCCGCUGUGUGUGAGAAGGUAGUGGUUUUGGCUACGUGUAGAAAGUCAAGGCGAUUUCAAGAAGGGCCUUAGCCAGUGUGUUACAUUGGCGUGGUACAUACGGUGGAUUGUUGUCAUUAUAAGCAGAAGAAAGAAAUGUUACAGAAUGCAAGUCACUAUUUUCUUGUAUGGGCGUUCACACAGCAACCACUCUAAGGAGAACUUUUACUUUAUCGCUCUGUUUUGUUGGUUUGUCGUAUGCAAAAAAAAAAUAUAUAUCUAUGUGUGUGUAUAUAUAGCUUUCUCCCACCGCUGCCACGCUCUGAGUAGCUCUAGAGGAUCAGUCAGUAAUCAGUAUAGUUAAACCACACGCGUCUGGUUUUCACUCUGUUUGCACACACAACAUGGUGUCUGUCAUGUUCAGGACCGUGGAUGGAGAUGGGAGGCUGUCGUCACGCUCAGCUCUCUGUACAGCACGUCCUUUUGAUGAUGUCAAUGUUUUAUAAACUUCCGCUUUUAACAGAACUGUGUCCUGAGUCGUAAUCCAUGUACCAUACCUUUGAGUGUUUCCCCAAGUCAUUUGUUUCAUACGGAUGUUAAAACGGGAUUACCACUCAAAUUUACGAAAACCCCUAGUUAUUCUCGGUCCGGGAAAGUCUACUCGGUGCUUCUAUGUUUUGCGAGCACAGGCAAAAAUAUAGAAAACUGAAGCUCUGACUUGAGAUCCGUGAGAAGGCUUGAGACAAGAGCUUCUAUUGCACUAUUUACAGCAUUUAACUAGAGAAUGUACUCUUAUCCUUGCUAAAUCCCUGCAGGGUCUUAUCCCAUUCACUUAUACCACCGCUCUCAAUUCAUCCUCUGUGGGCCAGCAUCAUCACCGAUUUAUACUGAGAUGUCAAGUCAGAGUCUGAAUUCUCUGAUUUAUGGCUUAGCGCAUAUGGCGUAUGUUCACAUAUAUUGAUUUGGAUGAGUUAGACUACAAAAAAUUAAGGACUUUUUUUUUCCUUAUCUAAAAUUGAGUGGUGGGGGCAUCCAGGUAGCGUAGCAGUCUGUUCCGUUGCCUACCAACACGGGGAUCACCGGUUCGAAUCCCCGGGUUUCCUCCAGCUUGGUUGGGCAUCCCUACAGACACAAUUGGCCGUGUCUGCGGGUGGGAAGCCAGCCGGAUGUGGGUAUGUGUCCUGGUUGCUGCACUAGCGCCUCCUCUGGUCGA